AUGAACCGAUCGCGAAUGCUUUGGCGCAAUGCCAAGAAGAAAUUUGCGGAAUGCCGACAUAAACUGAAAAAUUUGAUGAAGAAAGUUCCAAAACCUCAUGUACCACAUGUCGUUACGCUCGAUGACGCAGCUAUGGAAGAAAUUUUGAAAAGACUCGAUCUCAACGAGAGGGUUCGAAUGAGAGUGCUGUCACGACGAGUUCACGACAUAGUGGAUCGAAUGCCAUUGAUUUUGCCGUUUAUUUUUAUAAGGUCCGAUGCUCGAGGAAAUAUCGAGCUGCACUGCGAUUAUAUGGACGUGCUUAUAGACUAUGUGCUUGCUGAUAUGCAAGGAUUUAAAGUUGUCAAUGGCGCUAUCGCAUUCAACUAUACCAAUGCCAGAAUGGUCCUCACUGCAAUCAUAUCUCGUAUCACUGGAGUAACCCAUCUGUGGCUGGAUUCGGCUUGGAAUGGACAUAUCAUGCAGACUAUAGUAGAAUAUUAUCAAGCAAUAAAUUGUGGCAGCAAGAGAUUAAGGUUUCAUCUCGAGCAACUCACUGUAGUUGGAAGUAUCAGAGCCAGUGAUGCAGAUUGGGAUUACUGUAUCGAUUGUCACGGUAGAUGA